AUGGGACCUUCUAGCCGAAGUACCCACAACGCAGGCUCCCUUCCACCAAACGCCAGCCCUGCUCCUUUGACGUACGAACAGAGCAACAGGAGCAACAGCAACAACAAUGGGAGUCACGUUCCACAACUAGAUCUAGCACAUGCAGCUGAGGUUGCAGCAUCUCACCAAGGGUCUCCCUGGGUCCAGGGGCCCCUUGCCAGCGCCAUGGAUACCACCCGCAGCCAACAGUGUGCUAACUGCAGUGACUGCAUGCUCCCCUGUAAGGUCUUCUUGGGGCUCAGCGCGCCUAAAGCCCCCAAGCUUCCAGCUCCCAACUUGACGGAUCCCAAGCAAACAUGCGUCCCCGUGAGAGCCCCCGGCCAACAAGCUUCAGUAGGCGCCAAAUCAAGCCGCACGGUUUCCAGUGAUCGCAUUCCUGGCCGCGCCGCCUCCAGUAUGCAGACCCAGCCAGGUUUCAUUCAUCCCGUUCCACUUGUUCUCUCUUCAACAGCAGUGGCCUGCUUGCAGGAGCGCGGUCGGACGCUAGACAGCCAACGAGCGUCCGCCGGUGCUGCGCAGGUCUCUUCGUCCAUGCAAGCACAGCAGUCGCGGCCUUCUUCUCAGUAUCCGCUUGUGAGGGCUGCAGUCGUCCCUUUGAACAGGCCAAUCAUAGCUCCAGUUUAUAGAGGGCAACUUCAAACUCCCGUGAUAACCACCGCACAGUCCGUGUCCGGAGUAGUACCUUCCGGCCAAUUCCCUGCAUACAUCGUACCGGCUCCAUCCUCUGGAGCGUUCGCAGAAACACAAGCAGGAGGAGCUGCAGGAGCAGGAGCUGCUGCAGCUGCUCAAGCGGCAGCGCCAUACGCAACGUUCGCAGCGCAGAACAGCCAUUUGCCCGUUGCCAUCUUCUUUGAGUGCAUUGCCAUUUGUAUGUUGAAUUCUAGCAACCAGAGAGAACUGGGUUUCACGAGAUCUCUGGAUGUCCAUCUGUGCGCUGCAGGGUGGAGGGAGGAUGCCAUGCCUAGUGGGUGCAAGUGGAGAACUAGCGUGGCACCGCCUCUGCCUCGGGUGCAUGCAGCAGCUGCUUCUAAUCCCGUUGCGGCUUAUGACGAAACAGGCAUGAAGAGUGGAAGGGUCAGUGAACGACGAAAUGUUGAAAAUGUUACGGAGGACCAACAACCCAUAGAGCUGGACCCUUCCCUCCGCGACGUACUCGACGGGCAGAUGCUGUCUUCCCGCUCGCGGCUUUUGGCUAUGGAGCUAAAGGAGCCAGAUAGCGGCGACGUUUCUGUCAAAGACCGUUCCGAGAUGAUACCGGGCAUCACGAAUUUAAGGACUGGCGUAAACACUGGUAGGGAACCUUCUAACUUAGAGGACAAAGAUGGGAGCGACAGCCAGAAGGCUGUGGCGGUUAGAUCCUUCGACAAGCCAAAGCCUCUGGAAACCGAGGACCAAGCCUCUGGUCGCAAUGCCCUUGUUCAAGGAGACCAGCAUGUUCCCGGAUUUUCCCUACCAUUCGGAGCGGCGCCACACGAACAAGCUGGCAGACCGCAUGACGAAUCCCAGUUAAGGAAGCCCGCGAUAGAAGGUUUGAAGGGUGCUGCCGCAGAAGUUGCAGAUAGUUUUGCCGAGACAUCCCCCUCAACGUGGACACAGUUUGAGAGCACAACAGCUUUGGAAAGCUCGGCUAGGGGACGGGACAUAAAGAUAGACAGAAAACCACUGCAGCAGCAACACACCUGGACAACAUUAACAGGGAGCAAGAGUCCAACAGCGUCAGAUGCCAAUUCACCACCAACACCCGAAAACACUACGGGGACACCAAUAAUUGGAUUGGCGCCUCGGGUGCGAGACGCGUAUGUUGACGACGCGUUGGAGAAACCCGCGUCACACAACGGAGACCCAAGCGUCAUCCCUCUGCUUGACGUACAACAAAGCCGCUCCAAGGAGCUCAUAUUCUCUGAGUCAAAGCGAGCAACUGAGCAGUUUUCCAAGGAGCUUCCUGGCAUGUUGCCAAACAAGGCAGUGGAGGGAGCGCCUAAGGCGGAGUCCGGUGCACGUGCUAAAGCAGCAGAACCCUCGACGGGAGAGAAGGCAGUUGUGAGAAGGCAGUUGUGGGUGUGGAUGGGAAGAGCAGUGGUGGGAGUGGAGGGGAAGAGUGAAGGCGACGUGAAGGAUGCAAAGGCUGCUGGACCGAAGGCUGGUCCUGCGUUGUUACCCAAAAAGUCGAUGGGCGUGUUGCCGAAAAAAGCGCUUCCGGUUGCUGCCAAGACGGAGUCGGGUGCCGUUGCGAAGGGAGCAGAAGGCGAGGCAGGAGAGAAGGCAGUUGUGGGUGUGGAUGGGAAGAGUGAGGGUGAAGUGAAGGAUGGAAAGGCUGCUGGACCGAAGGCUGGUCCUGCGGUGCUUCCGAAGAAGGCUGCUGCUGUGUUGCCAAAGAAGGCAGUGGAGGGAGCGCCGAAGGCGGAGUCGGGUGCAGGUGCGAAGGGAGCAGAAGGCGAGGCAGGAGAGAAGGCAGUUGUGGGUGUGGAUGGGAAGAGUGCGAAGGCAGCAGAAGGCGAGGCAGGAGAGAAGGCAGUUGUGGGUGUGGAUGUAAAGAGUGAGGGUGAAGUGAAGGAUGCAAAGGCUGCUGGACCGAAGGCUGGUCCUGCGGUGCUUCCAAAGAAGGCUGCUGCUGUGUUGCCAAAGAAGGCAGUGGAGGGAGCGCCUAAGGCGGAGUCGGGUGCCGUUGCGAAGGGAGCAGAAGGCGAGGCAGGAGAGAAGGCAGUUGUGAGUGUGGAUGUAAAGAGUGAAGGUGAAGUGAAGGAUGGAAAGGCUGCUGGACCGAAGGCUGGU